AUGGCGCGUGCGGCACUUGGAGCACUGGAUGCGUGGCCCAUGCAUCACUUCUACCAUCAGCUCUCCAGAAGCUCAGAGUCACCGGCCUGCGUCCUCCUGACUACGGGCGCCAUGAACCCCCCACACCGGGGCCAUGCGCAGCUACUGCAUCAAGCGAGGGAACGCUUGGAGGAGGCUGGUUACCAGGUCUGGGCGGCGUGGAUGUCCCCGUCGCACGACGGCUAUGUGGGGCCGAAGGCCAAGAGCAAGCGCACCCUGCAUUUGAGUAGCAAGCUGAGACUGCACCUCGCACAGCUCAUGGUGUUUGAAGACCCUUUCGUGGCGGUGGGUCAUUGGGAGGCCUCGGUGAAGGGUCGAUGGCCCGACUUUCCGGAGGUGGCGGAGGAGUUGCAACGUACUCUGAAACAGCUAGUUGAUGAGCAGCUGGAAGCGGUUCCAGCCUUGGUGAAGCUCUUGGGGGAGUCGGGCUGGCCACGAGUCUUCUAUGCCUGUGGUACCGACCAUGCGGAGCGCUGUGGCCUUUACGAUGGCUUCGGACGCUUCCGCGAGCAGAUCGGCGUGGUGGUGGUGCCGCGCGAGUCAGAGCUGCCGGAACCCGAGCGGAUCCCAGAGGUCUUCGUGGCCCGCCCGGCGCCGGGGGAGAUUUGCAGCUUUAGCUCCACUAAGAUUCGUGAAUCAUUUCACGUGGCUGGCAUCGAUGAGCACGCCUAUCUUUGCAAUGCAAUCUGUGAAGCCGCAGCUGAUGUGAUGCUCCGGCCCAGCCGUGAGCAGUGGUUGGAAUUCCAGUCCGAUUUCGAGAAGUUGCGGCUGAGCGAGCCCUCUUGUGCGCCCUGA